GUCUGAUGGGUCUACUGUUGCUAAGGAACGUGACGUGAGGACCCGGAAGUUGACUUGUUUCCUUUCUGCUGCUGCUGCCCGGGCACUCGGCACAGCAAUGAGUUUCUCUCAUAUUCAAUUCACUGGGUAUUUUAGACAUAACUUACAGACGCUUGGGACUAUACACAUGUUAAUUUUUACCUAGCUUUCCUAAGCAGCCUUUUAAAUCAUUUAUCAUGGCGGAUACGUUCAUAAACUUGGACUUCAGUGGCAACCAGUCAGGUGGAAGGUCUCAGUAUGCCAACCAGAAACAUCAGCGUUUUGUUAAAAGAAGGAGGUUCUUGGAGAGGAAAGGUUUCUUGAAACAAAAGCAGCUGCCAGGAAGGCAAGGUUUUGGUGGCCAAAAUCGUAAUUUUCAGAAUCAAAGAAAUUCAUGGGACCAAGGUAAUAAUAGAGGCCAACAAGAUGACAGAUUGAACCAUUUAAAUGGUCACAAGAAACCAAGAAAUACUGCAGAAAUCCGGCAAGAAGUGACUUUCACAGCAACCAGACCUGCACCACAGCUUGACACAAUUACUGUUAGUGUAGACUCUGGUCCACAUCCUUCUCGUUUGACUUAUAUAUCAAAAGGUGCAUUUUCUAAGGCUCAUAGUUCAUCAGAGUCAACUGUCGCUAAUAGUGUCUUUGGCCCAAAGAAACAUAUUCAGUCCUUCUCAGAAACACAGAAAGUAAACCUGCUAAGUGAGUUUGAAAGUGGCCUUCCGCCAGGUCCCUCAGCUACAAAUAAGUCAUACAAAAUGGUAGCUAUAGACUGUGAAAUGGUGGGCACUGGGCCAAAAGGGUGCAACAGUGAUUUGGCACGAUGCAGCAUUGUGAACUACCAUGGAGAUGUAGUCUAUGACAAAUACAUUCAGCCCGGUAACCCAGUUACAGACUAUAGAACAAGGUGGAGUGGAAUAAGGAGGGAACAUCUUGUGAAAGCAACUCCAUUCAAAAUAGCACAAAAAGAGAUACUGAAAAUACUCGGUGGCAAAUUAGUGAUAGGACAUGCCAUCCAGAAUGACUUCAAGGCCCUGAAAUACUUCCACCCUAAGGAGCUGACUCGUGAUACAUCUAAAAUUCCAUUGUUGAAUCGGAAAGCAGGUUUUCCAGAGAAAGAAAUCGCCUCUUUAAAAAGACUUGCUAAACAGCUGCUUCACAAAGAUAUCCAGGUUGGACAAAAAGGUCAUUCCUCUGUUGAAGAUGCGAAGACUACAAUGGAGCUAUACCAUAUUGUAGAAGUUGAAUGGGAGAGAGAGAUAGCUGCUGGACAUGUUCCCCAGUGAUAUUAUCGGGGUACUUCUCAAAGAACAAGACCGUGCAUCAUAGUUUAAGACCAAUGAUGUAAAAAUGUAUUCUCUAUUUUUAAUAUAUUGGAAUUCCAAUAAAAUGAGAAUUCUUUGUUCUUCACCAUUCUAUGUA